UGUGGGAAAAUUGUUUUCCUUCUUCUCCUCCCCCCCAACCCACUCACAUACAUCUGAAAUCCGUUUGCUAUCCCCUAUUCCACUCUCCCUCCCCCACUUUUUUCCUUAUGUAACACGGUAAUCGGGUUUGGAGUUUGAGUUCUUUUGCCUGCAGACACUGGACUUCACUUGUCCAGAGAGAGCUCAAAGUAUAUUUCUCCAGUGUUUCAGGGAUUUAAGAUUUUAUCCAUGGGGAGCAUCCCAGGAGUUUCUCUUCUGCUUCUGGUGGUGAGUUUGUCCCUCAUGGCAAAUCUCAGCGUCCAGGGUGGAAAGAUCCUGGUGUUUCCAGUGGAUGGCAGCCACUGGGUCAACAUGAACCUGCUGAUCCAGAGCCUCCAUACCAGGGGUCACGAGGUCACUGUGGUCCGCACAGCCACUAGCUGGUACAUCAAAGAAAAUUCACCACAUUACCGCUCCAUCACUGUCACCCUACCAGAGGCCAUCGACAUAGAGGAGCAGGACUUCUUUGUAACUUUCCUGGUGAAGAUGCUAGCGAUCCAGAAACAGGGGGCAUCUUUUGUGGGCUUUGUGCAAUUCUACUGGGAAAUGCUUGGUGCACUGUCAAAAAUUCACCAACAAGCCAGCCUGUUGGGGGUAGAAAUAUUUGAGAACAAGACUCUGAUGCAGAGUCUUCAUGAUUCUCAGUUUGACAUGGUUCUUUUGGACCCUGGAUUGCCUGUGGGGGUUCUGGUGGCCCACAAACUUAACCUACCAACUGUUUUUAACGUGAGAUGGGUAACCAGCGGAGAAGGCCAUUUUGUGGUAGCUCCAUCUCCACCAUCCUAUGUUCCAACCGAUGGAUAUGCUGUGUCCGAUAAAAUGACCUUUUGGCAAAGGGUCAAGAACUUAUUCCACUAUCUCAUGAACAUGUUCAUUGAUAAGUUUAUUGUUUGCUGUCACUAUGAUAGACUGGUAGACAGGUACUUUGGUCCAGAUGUGAACUUUUAUCACCUCCUACAAGGAGCAGACAUCUGGCUGAUGAGGGUGGACUUUGUUUUUGAAUUCCCCAGGCCCACCAUGCCAAACAUUGUCUACAUUGGUGGAUUUCAGUGUAAGCCCUCUGAGCCUUUAUCAUCAGAGCUGGAGGAGUUUGUCCAAAGUUCAGGAGAGCAUGGGUGCAUCCUGAUGUCUCUGGGUACGCUAGUGGAAGGCCUACCUAUAGAAAUUACUUCGGAAAUCGCAGCUGCCUUUGCCCAAAUUCCUCAAAAGGUCAUAUGGAGGCAUGCAGGUGAGCGCCCCAGCAAUUUGGGCAACAACACACUACUGUUGAAGUGGAUACCCCAGAAUGAUCUCUUGGGUCACCCGAAGAUCAAAGCCUUUGUGGCUCAUGGUGGCACUAAUGGGAUCUAUGAGUCAAUUUACCAUGGAGUGCCAAUAAUCGGCAUUCCCCUUCUGUUUGACCAGUUUGAGAACGUUUUAAGAUUGGAAAUACGGGGAGCUGCUAAAGUGCUGGAUGCAACAAAACUCACCCGCCAGAGCCUUCUGGAAGCAAUACAAGAAGUUCUUCACAACCCAUCCUACAGAGCUAACAUGGAGCAUCUUUCUGCUCUCCAUCGGGAUAAGCCAAUGCAUCCUCUGGACACUGCCCUCUACUGGAUUGAGUAUGUUAUAAGGCACAAAGGAGCUUCACAUUUAUGCACUGAGUCUUAUAAGAUGCCGUGGUACACCUAUCAUUCUGUGGAUGUUAUAUGCUUUUUGUUAGCAGUCAUGUUGAUGCUGACAGCCAUUGUAGUGGGAUCAAUACGGUUUGUGUGCUUUCGACUGUGCAGGAGGAGAAAAACCAAGCAGGAAUAGUUACUGUCUCCUCAAAUGAGAUUAGUGCUCAUUAAAAUGUCAUCUUAAAAGAAAAGGCAGGUGAUAUUCUUAUGUAUAUUAUUUCUGAUUGUCAACAAAUCCCAUGAAAAGAACAAAAAAUCUUUGAUCUUGCUUACAAGUAUUGUGUGUGAAUUCAAA